GUCACGUGUCAUCUAUAAAAGCGGAAGGCGGCCCAGUAGGUUGCGCACUCAUAUUCAAGGAGGUAUCCGUUGUCGAGGUAACCCAGUACCUACCCCCUGAGAAACAGCAACCAUGCCAGAGCUCUGUGUUGGAAUCAACGGCUUCGGUCGUAUUGGUCGCCUUGUGUUGAGGGCCUGCCUUCAGAAGAAAAUCAAGGUUGUGGCCAUAAAUGACCCCUUCAUCGACCUGGACUACAUGGUCUACAUGUUCAAGUAUGACUCCACCCAUGGCUCUUACAAGGGUGAUGUGCGCAAAGAGAAUGACAAGCUGGUUGUGGAUGGUCACGUCAUCUCAGUCUUCCAAUGUAUGAAGCCAGCUGAGAUCCCUUGGGGCGCAGCUGGUGCCAAGUACGUUGUGGAAUCCACCGGAGUCUUCCUCAGUCUGGAGAAGGCGACUGCGCACAUCACUGCUGGGGCUCAACGCGUGGUAGUGUCAGCACCCUCACCUGAUGCCCCCAUGUUUGUCAUGGGCGUCAAUGAGGACAAAUACGAUCCCUCCUCCAUGACGAUUGUCAGCAAUGCCUCCUGCACCACCAACUGCCUGGCCCCCUUGGCCAAAGUCAUUCACGAUAACUUUGGCAUUGAGGAGGCCCUCAUGACUACAGUCCAUGCUUACACGGCCACUCAGAAGACAGUGGAUGGUCCAAGUGCUAAGGCCUGGCGUGAUGGUCGUGGGGCUCACCAAAACAUCAUUCCAGCGUCCACUGGUGCUGCCAAGGCUGUGGGCAAAGUCAUUCCUGAGCUUAACGGUAAACUGACAGGCAUGGCGUUCAGGGUACCUGUGGCCGACGUGUCCGUGGUGGACCUGACUUGUCGCCUGUCCAAGCCAGCAUCCUAUGCUAAGAUUAAGGAAGCUGUCAAGAAGGCCGCUAGUGGGCCCAUGAAGGGAGUGCUUGGUUACACUGAGGAUCAGGUAGUCUCCUCUGACUUCAUUGGCGACACCCACUCCUCCAUCUUUGAUGCUGGUGCUGGCAUCUCCCUCUCUGACAACUUUGUGAAGCUCAUUUCCUGGUAUGAUAAUGAGUGUGGCUACAGCAACCGUGUUGCUGACCUGCUGUUGUACAUGCAAUCCAAGGAGUAGACACUUGGCUGUGCUGCAAGCAUGUCCAGAAAGGGACCACCCCAACCAUGCUCUAUCCCCUCCUUUCUCUUUUACACACAGGCUCCACUCAUAACCAUGUCAUAGCAUCACAGUCCCUUAGCUCUUCUUCUGUACAAGUAGAAAGAAAAAAUAUGUGUUAAGUGUUCUGAUUUAACCAUGUCUUUCCCUUUGAUGGUGAGAUGAUUGGCUGGUGACAGUAUUUGUGUCUGUGUGCCCCUGCCUUCUUCACUUCUUCCCGCCCCAGUAGAUGUGUUGUUAUGGCUCAAUACUGUCGUAAACUGCUGUAUCCAUCUCCAUGUUGGUGUGUUUCAAAGGCUUAUUCACCAGUGGAAGGAGAAAGGGCAAGGUGACUGUAACCCCUCUAAAGAGUAACGAGAAAAAAAUAAAACUUGAAAACCUUC